CAGAAGGGGUGUGUUUCUCUUUUUAUUUGCGUGACUAUCUUAAAAAGAAAAAUAUUUUUGUUGCUUUUGUAUUUAAACACUAGCAUUAUGCUUGGAAAGAGAAAAAACAUUGACCUGGAAAGACAAAAACUAGAAAGCGAACUCUUACCAACGUGUACCAUUUGCAUUCAAGAAUACUCAAACAGAACUUUUUUAAGGCCGUGUUAUCAUUCUUUUUGUUUUACUUGCAUCAGACAUUGGAUAAACAUUGCGUCUGCGGUCUGCCCUGUUUGCAGACAAGAAAUCAAUUCUCUCGUAUACAAUAUCAAUGAUGAGGAAAACACUUUUGAUGAGUACCAUCUGAAAGACAAAGGAACAGGGAAAUCACACAACCCUCCUCUGUACCCAAAACAACGUUAUACAACACCAGAAGAGAGGAUCAAAUUAGAAAGAGCUCAGCUUUAUAAGGGUUCAAUUCAUGCUGUAAGCUAUCCUGAACCAUUGCCUAGACAUACCAAUUUUACUAUCAUAACACCAGAAUAUAUACCAAGGACUAGAGUGUUCUUGCAAAAUGAAUUAAAGGCACUUGUUGGAGCAGACGCAUAUGACAGUUUUCUUGAAGAUUUGUUUGUAAAGAUUCUAUUAAUACCCUACCAAGCAAACUCCGACAAAGCAGUAAACAUGAAAAUGAAUGAUCCCUUGGUGAUUGAGAAACUGUCUGAAUGGUUAGAUGAUGACAAGUUGGUUGCAAAUAGAUUAAUUGAUGAAUUAAUUGCAUAUUUAAAGUCUGGUCUGUCAUAUAAACAUUUUAUUUCUGCUGCCAUGUACAAGUGAAAAAAAAAAAAAAAAAUUGUAAAUUUAUAAUA